AUGGCCACCGUUAUUGUUACGUUCUUCCUAAUCAUAAGAUUUUAUGUUUGUAACAUGGACGCCGACUGCUUGCAGAGGCGGAGAGAGGAAGGCUCAUCUCAACGAGAGAAAAGGUGGAGCAUGAACUCUCAAAGAUUGGAAGAAAUUGUAGCGGAGCUGAUGAAACCCAUCAGCGAUGUCCGCCGCAGUUUCGACACGGAUCUCUGUGCGUUACUGGAGGAGUACCUGACGGAGGCGGGGCUGCGGGCGCUGGAGGCCAGCGAGCAGGAGGAGGGGGAGGGGGAGGCGGCGGGGGCGGGGGGCGAGGCGCCCAACUUCGCGGAGCUGGCGCUGCUGCUGCAGCACUCGGCCUGCGUGUACGGCCGCAAGGUGGACUACCUCUACCAACACGUACUCAGCGUGAGCGAGUCGCUGCACAACAACACGGAGGAAAGCGGCGGUGCGGAAGAGCCACAGACGCCUGGCAGCGGGCGCAAGCGCAAGGCGUCUGUCGGGGGGUGCGCGGGGGGCGAGUUCACGUACAUCGCGCUGGAGGCGAGCCGGGGGGCGCAGCGCGACGCGGGGGGCGCGGGGGGCACGCGGCCGCCCCCCACGCUGCCGCGCACCUACCUGCCGCUGGAGCCGCGCGUGCCGGCGCCGGGGGACGCCGCGCUCACGGACUACGACGGCGAGCCCAUCGGCCUGCUCGCAGACUUCCACGUCACCUGGAGGCUGCAGAAUGGGCUUCUAGUAGAGGAUCUGUGUCAACCGGAGUACAGCCAAGAGGGGUUAGUAGGUGCAAGUGUACGUCCGCCGGCGUUAGUGGAGCUGCAGGCCGCCAUAGAGGCGGGCGCACCCCCCGACCCCCCGCCGCGCUGCUCCACACCAUUGCAGCAACACUGCGAUCCCCCGCAGGGCGGCGAGCACUGCGAGCCCCCACACGACGGGGGGCAUUGUGACACCUCACGUGCCGAGGAACCCCCCGAGCACGAUGACGAGCCGCGUCCCAUCGAGAUGCUCGACCUCACACACAUACUGGACACGCCGCCCAACAAGAAGGAGCGCAAAAGAAAGUACGAACACAAGUUGGGAGAUGCUUUGGGACAAGCUGUCAAGUUGUUUAUCAGUAAAGAACUCAGAAGAAAGUUACGUUUGAUGCAAGAGUUCUCUGUGGCGGAGGAGUGGGUGAGUGCGGUGGUGGCGAGCAGGAAGCGGCGCGUGCUGUCCGUGCGCCGCAAGCUGCGCGCGCGCGAGCCCCGCCCGCCCAACCUAGAGUUUCGUGGGUUUGAUAUGUCUCCUAUUGACACGGGAGGGUUCACGGGGUGGAGUGGCGACGAGGCGGCGGCGGCGCGUGCGCUGCACGAGGCGCGCGCGGCGCGGGACUCGAGCGCCACGGCUGCCACGGCCGCCACGGCUGCCACGCCAGACACCACUACCACCACUGCCACGUCCAAACCCGUGGACGAGUCCGAUGACGAUGGCUUCUUCGAGCAGAGCUCGCUCGGAGACUCGCUCAGUGAUGACUCGCCUUCGCAUACCGUUAGCAUUUUCUUUUACUUUGCUACUGAUACUAUACUAUAA